AUGGCUGCCACGGCCAGUUAUUCGGAUGCCGACUCCAAGCUAGGCCUCUCCGGCGAAGCGCCAGCCUCAAUGCACACGAACAAGCGGAAGCGCGGCUCACUGGACCUAGAGGCGACCGCUUCUAGACCCGCGCCUGGUGACUCUGCAAGAGCUUCCACGAACAACUCAGGCAGUGGUACGGCGGACUUCCUCUCGGCUCAUAACGCUUCCAACAGCGGCGACGACGACAUGCAGCACACUUCGAGUCUGAUCUUCGACCAGCUAGCACAGCACAACAGCGGCGAACACGGCAUGCAUCAGAACGGUGGGUCAACCCAGCAAGACGCAAGCAACACUGCCGCAGCUGCCUUAUCACAUUACUCCAUGACCGUACCUCAAGCUACAGAACUCCAAUUCCAGACUCAGACGCCGAGCGGUGAAGGCGGCCGACCUCUAAGCGCGUCGUUCAACCUGAGCGAGCACGAUAUGCACCAGCAACAUGGGAUGCCUGACUUUAGCGGACUGGAUGCUCUAAAGACGGGAGGACAACCCUCGAACUCGAAUGACUCUCCGCCCAACAGUGGAGGAAACAAGCCACCGGUUGGAUCGGAUGAAUGGCACAAAGUACGAAGGGACAACCACAAAGAAGUUGAGCGGCGUCGACGCGAAACCAUCAAUGAAGGCAUCAACGAGCUCGCAAAGAUCGUACCCGGCUGCGAAAAGAACAAGGGCUCCAUCCUGCAAAGAGCUGUUCAAUUCAUCACGCAGCUCAAAGAGAACGAAUCACAGAACAUCGAGAAGUGGACGCUGGAGAAGCUGCUUACCGAUCAGGCGAUAGCCGAGCUGAGCACCACCGCCGAGAAGUUCAAGACGGACUAUACGAAUGCGUACGCUGAGCUACAGAUGUACAAGCGCGCAUGCGAAAAGGCGGGCAUCGUCCCUGACGAGUUUCCGGACGAUGGCGAAGGAAGCAACCCGAACGGUGAUAGCUGA